UACUCAUGAGGAAAUGCUAUCUGCUUCGAGCUAUUCGCAUGCAGACGCAAUCCAAGUACAUAACGCGACUCAACAGUACACAAAAGACUACAUAAACCUAAGCACAUCGCAAAAAGUAGCUCAGAGCAUACUACCAACUGACAUUGGCUACGGAAGCCCCAAUCCUAAUUUGCCAUGGCGUGUACCACCAUGUAACGGGUUCCCUGCAGCACCGCCACUUGCGCCGCUGCCGUAUGAAGCUGGCACAGCCUUGAACGAGCUAGGCUUGUACUAUCACCUAGAUGCGGGUUCACUGCUGGGUAGUAAGCGUCACGGAGGAAUGAUUCCGUGGGAUGUGGACGUAGAUAUUGUCAUACCCGUACGAAGAAACUUACAUCUCUUUGGUUCGGACUUUGAGUGCAAUGAUUUCGACGUCAGGACAGCAGAGCUUCCAUUCACUCGGGCGUUGGAGGGAAGCUCGGUAGAGAGUCUGUGCGGACUCUCCAAGCGGGCGUUUGCGGCGAAGUACCUGUUCCGUAUACUGGAUGGCUACUUUCAAAGCUCGGGCAUAAGAGUCAAACUCAAACCUGAGGGAAAGCAAGCCGUCCUCAAGUUCUUCACAUUCUGUCGGGGCGAAAUCACUGAGGAGGUCAAUCUACCAGGCGGUGGUUACUACGACCGAAAAGAGAGGAACGGCACCAUGUGCGAGCUGAUGCGGUUCGAUGUGUUUGUGGACUUCAACCCACACACGGGCGAUGGUGCUUGUACAUGCCCGUGGUAUUACACACACGCCUUGUGCCCUAUGGACAGCCACCAAGUGCUCGUGAACAACUUCGGACCAACAUAUAUGGAGCCUGUCAAGGAAACCGACAUGAUAGACACAGUCGACACGCACGCAACAGCCAGUGAUUCACAACCCGGUGGCGUAGAAGGGGUUGACAGCCCCCCUGAACGCUAUGUGCCGCUACUCACUUAUCCGCAAGCCCAGCUUACGUACGAACGCUUAGGCGUACACCAGUUCUCGUGGAUGAACGAAAGCCUACCAUCGGCAAACCUUCUGUACCACCUGGAGCCGCUCUUAAAGAUCAAAGCCAUACUGCAUGAACGAGUACAAGACCAUCAACGGGCCUUGAUGAAGGCAGCAAAGAAGCGCGACACAAUAAAUAUUGUUCAGCAAGACUGAGAGAUUAUGAGAUUCGGCUGGACUACCGCGAUAUAGCUCUCUGGCCCUUUGAUGGCUUAUGCUGGAUCAACAAUUGGAUGCGUACGUUACAGUUUACCAGCGAUAUCGUACAGCUUUCUGUUAUCUGUGAGCUCCUUCUCUAUACUUAUCUCGUUGAGUCUAGCGUAGGAUGAAGACAACCCAAAAAAUAAACUUAGAGAAGUGGAU